CCUCCUAAGAAGGAUUCCAAGUCGUCAGCCAAGCAGCCACAGAAGACCCAAAAGAAGAAGGAAGGGUCUGGCGGUGGCAAAGCCAAGAAGAAGAAGUGGUCCAAAGGAAAAGUUCGUGACAAGUUAAACAACCAAGUUUUGUUUGAUAAAGCAACUUACGACAAAUUGUACAAAGAAGUUCCCUCAUAUAAAUUGAUCACCCCUUCAGUAGUUUCUGAACGUCUUAAGGUCAGGGGAUCCCUUGCAAGGAGGGCUCUCAUUGAACUCCAGCAAAAAGGUCUUAUUAAACAAGUUGUACAACACAGAGCACAACUUAUUUAUACUAGAACGACAAAGGGUGAUGACCAAGCCACUUAA